AGUUGGUUUGGCCUCGACGUUUUGAUUUUUCUGAGAGCUCCUUUCGUCGCUCGAGGACGUCGCGUUCUUCGUGGAAUUUACUGAAAUUUUGAAUUUCUGUAGAGCCGGAGGACUCGUCACGAUUGUUGGAUUCAUCCGGAACUAGACGAUCGAGUGCCAGAAUUUCUUUGAGUCGAUGAGGAAGAGCUCCCAGGAUAUCAUGGAUCCGGACGAGGCACCUUAUGUGGUCAAUAUGCAUCAGUCUGAUGCUUUGGAGCUCGUGAAAUCCGGUGCAAUGCUUUUGAUUCUUGGCAUGCCUGCCAAUUCUUCUUUCGGCCUCAAUACGCAGAUGUUUCUUGUAGGACCCAAUUUCAAAGGAGUCAAGAUGUUGUUGCCAGGACCGCAUUUCGUAUAUUAUAGCGCGAGAAGCAAACACGGCGGCGAUGCAUCACCAGUGACAGGGUUUUUCAUUCAUGCUUCUCCUUCCGAGGUGAUUGUGCGGAAGUGGGACACACAGGAGGAACGGCUGGUUAAGUUUUCAGAUAGCAGCGAGGAAGAAGGAUUCGCCAUGGCUGCUAGAAAUUUGGAAUAUGACCGACAGCUGGCACCCUAUGACUUAGAUCGUCACAAGAUAUGGCAGAGUCUCACAAACUUCAUAUCUCCAACGGUUAUUGAAAAAAUAGAACCUGUUGAUGGCGACAUAUCAGUUAUGGCUGAGGCUUCACUCGUACAGCAUGCCCCAAAGACCGUUGCUGAAAAGCGGUUAUUUGAGCAAUUAAGAAAAAACACGGAUCUGCAAGGGCCUGAAGAACCUUUAAAAGUAGACAAAGAGAAUGAUAGUCGCAUCUCAUCAUCAAUAUCAAAUAGCACUAAAGGUCAGGCAGAGAGUAAAAGUAGCGGUAGAUGUUUCUACACUCACUUGCCUCACCUUAUAAAAAAAGCAGGCAUGUCUGCCUCAGAAUUAACAGCAAUGAACAUUGAUAAGAGUCAAGCUUUAGAGAGUAUUCUACAAAAGGACUUCGAUGGGCAAGAAGAGUUGCUUCUGGGUGAACUCCAAUUCUGUUUCAUUGCCUUCCUUAUGGGCCAGUCACUUGAAGCUUUCGGUCAGUGGAAAGGAAUCGUGAGCCUUCUUCUCAGAUGUGAAGAUGCGCCUUUGCGAAUGCGGACGACCUUUUUUAGUAAGUUUUUGGGGGUUAUAUAUUGGCAGCUGAAGCAGAGUUUGCAGCCUGAAAAGAAAGGGCCCAACGAUUACUUAAUUUUGAUGGAUGAUGGUUGGUUGGCGGACGAUAACUUUUUCAGAUUGCUUUUGAAGGACUUUUUAAACAUGUUGAAAGAUGCCACUCCCGUCAAUGGCGAGCUUCUACGACAGGUGAAACGACUGAGAAAACUUUUUGAGACAACCUUGGGAUGGAUUUUUGACAUGGACAGCAUCGUAGGCGAAGAAGAAGACGAGUACGCACCUGUCAUUGUAUAUGAUGAAGAUAGCGCAAUGAGGGAGUCAACUUACGCCUGAUCACCAACACCGGAGGAGCUGCGAAUGGAACCCGGAGACUUGGCCUGGAUAUCGCCCUUUUGGCAGGUCCUCCAUGUCCCCAAGACAUAUACACCUCGUAGACCCUGAAUCUGUCUUCAUAUGUUUUUAUGUCAAGAUGCAUCGGUUGAAUCUGUUGAAAGGAUAGUGCACAUUGCGUCUCGUAUAUACGAAUAUGGAACUACGUAACGCUGUGCCGUAGGUGUCAGUAGGCAUGUUGUAUGUGGUUCCUGCUCCAAAGAAUCACCAGGACUCUAUCCAGUUGCUCUCCGGCUUGAACUAAAGAGAGCUACUCACGUUUUUGGCCUGUUUCUAGCAUCUUGUUUCUGAACAAAUAGAUCAUUCACCUACAUCUUUAUAAAGCACAUUUUUCGAGCAUGUCUCGGGACCAUUUGG